AUGGCGGCAAAUGACGAGUUGACGGAAGAUAUGAUUGACAACUUAAAAGACUUUGGGAUGGCCUAUCCCUUACUGGUAAAGUACAACAUCCCCAUGGAUGAUGUGAAGGAUCUCUUCACAGCGAAGCUGGUACUGAAGCGCCAUCUACAGUUGACUGAGAACACCGUGACAUCGGCCAAAAAUGCAAGAGAAAUUGUCGUGAGGUUGAAAGAAGAGUACGACAAUAACAAAAAGAAACUCCAAAAGUUCUACCAAGAUACAAAGAAUCACCUGCCAGAUGUAGAUCAAUCCAUUCUGAGUCAACUAGAACGAGACAACGUAACUUCACAAUUUCGACAAAUGAUUGAUGACGCCAUGGAGAUGCUUCAAGAUGAAAAGUGUCCUAUUCUAGUGGCAGGUGAAACAUCCUCAGGAAAAAGCAGUCUGCUGAACCUCAUCUUAGGGGAGGAGCUUCUCCCAACAGCCACACUCAGCACAACGUCAGUCAUCUGUGAGAUCCGUUAUGGGCAAGAGCGGAAAGUAAAGGUCUUUACAUGGGAAGGGGAGGUGAUAGAAGUCCCCCUUACUGAAGCAGAUGAUGACAAAUCCUCCCUUCAAAAGCUCUCAGAGUACGUGCAUCAAAAAGGAAAAAGGGACGAGGAAGACUUUCCAUACAAAAAAGCAGAAAUAUACCUGCCUCUCAAUUUUUUGAAGGUACAACACUUGAAGACCUCAAAGUUUUGA